AUGGUAUCAGCGGCUGGACUAUAUUACCUUGCCGAACUUGUAGAAGAAUACACGACAACCACGGCCAAGGUUAUCAGAUAUACAAUUUUUUGCAUAAUAGCAAUAUAUGUUGGAUUGUUGGUGUUUGAGCAUGAGUUUCCAUGGAUGCUGCUCAUCUGUGGUAUAGCUGCUCAGUUUUGCCACUUACUGUUGCUGCAAACAUUUCCAUACCUGGAACUGACGUCACCAGCACUGAUUGGUUCACUUGUGUUUAUUUGUGUCAACCAUUAUUUGGCUUUUAGUCACUUCUCGGAUGUAUACUACCCAUUUUCUGAGAUCCUAUCCUACUUCACAUUGUGCCAGUGGCUUGUGCCAUUCACGUUCUUCAUCUCCUUGUCUGCAAACGAGCUUGUAUUGCCAACGAUAGGAGAGGGGGCGCCACUGCAGAAACCAGAUAGUCAAGAUGUCGUGAGUAGUUACUUCAGCCGCAAGGGCAAACGUUAUGGGCUGCUAACCUUCUUCAACUAUGCUAAAGACGCUGUGUUGCCUGAACGAGUAAAGAAAGGCUACUGAGGGCUACAUGAACAAAGCAGGUGGAUUCUCUUGUGAGGAAUGUACUAUGACUGAUCAGCUAUGCUAAUCUGUGCUUUCAAGGGGUUUUGCAUGCAUGGAUGAUCGAUUUGUUUUUUAAGGUAUGGUGUGCAGGGCUUGUGCCAAAAUUUAUGAUGCUGUCGUCUUAUUGAAAACCUUCAUGCAUAAAACAUUUCUGAACUUGAUAUGUUAAGCUUGUUUCACACGAGUUUGCAAUAGGGAUCAGGGUCGUCAUGCGGCACACGUCCUCUCAUGCCUUACUGCGAUGUCAGUUAUAUAUAUAUAUAUAUGGGCUCUCAAAAUCCAAAUGCAAUAUUGAAUCGGUGACCAUUUUAGAUAUUACUACUCUAGAGCAGGUGGAUCUGCCAAAAACAGGUGGCUGGUUCCAGUAACUUAUUCAACCUGUUGAAACAUGCUACGUGAGUAGACUUUGUCAAGGCUAGGCCAUCGCUGCCAUCUGUUGGUAAAUAUUGAUAACACUAUGUCUUCUCUUGGAUAACUUCAUAAUUGUGACCCAAUCUAGCCAUUUCGUUUUGGAUGAGCUAUGUUUAAAACGCAUUGGCAGUCAGCGUGACGUUGUCAAAAGGAUCUGUAAUAUUAACAUUAGAUGCUUAUUAUAAAAUGUAUGAUGAAGGUAUCAGAAAUGCAUUUCACAUUUGCAUUCAACCCAACUUGAUUAUCGAUAAUAGACACUCGAUCAUUGUUGUCACAAAGUCACUGAAAUGAUGGAAAAUGGUUCCAUACGUAUGUGUAUCUAUUCGUACGUGCUGUUUUGUGAAUAUCUGUGAUUGAGUGUAGCAAUGACAUCAUAUUUGUCAUAAGUAAAACGGUUGCGUUGUUGGUGUUCGGUGUUGGUGAAUUUAUUCAUUUUGAUUUGCCAUCGGAAUACAUAUUUUGGAUGAUCAUUCUGACUCUCUAAACAAUGUAGAGAAUCUAUGCAGAGAUACAGUUGGGAAAGUAUUUAGGACUAGCAGCUAAAUGCUAUAGUUAUAUGCGUUUACACGAGUUUUUACCUAAAAUCUUUUCACAUGAUAGUUAAAAUCUUAUUUGAUUUCCAUAAUCAAAAGUGUUUUGUAAUUAAGCGCAUGUGAUAGUGUCAGUAUUCAAUAUUCAAGGUUAUUACUAUAAAUACGCUCUUACUUACGCUCUUACGCUUUUACGCACUUCUUUAUACGCUCUUGAUAAAAAGUAUGAUAGCUUAUAUUUAAACAUUUCAAGGCAGAUUUCAAAUUCUUAGGCUACCCUGGUAAAAGUAGUCGGCAAUAGAACAACUGGUCACAGUAUACAGAUUGUGCACCGACUAAAAACAAUCAAUUGAUCAUUCUUAGCCACUUAUUCAGUGGAUUUUAACAUACACGCGAAUAGGGUAUGCAGUUGGGAUGUAUUAUUUAUUGAUAACAUUUUAGUCUGGAAAACCAACCUUUGUGUCAGCUCUUACAAGAAUCGCCCGUACUAUGGCACUAGAUGCAUUACGUGAAUUUGGCAUAUAUAGGUUAGAAAGCAUGUUUACUGCAUUAUUAAAUGGAUAAGGAUAGGAAGCCGAUGGAUGAACAAUAAAUAAAAAUAUCAGAAUUUUGUACCAAAAAAAA